AUGGGUAAGGGUGGUGACGCUUGGAGAACUGCUCUUAUCGCCGAUCUCGAGAAAGAACUGAAAGCAGAAAACAAGCGGUUCAGUAUUUUACAGGGAAACCGAGCACAGCACGCUCAACUUAUUAGAUAUGCAAUUUCGGAGGAUCUGCCAUCUGUUAUUUCUGUUAUAUAUCAAAGGGUACGUGUAGUAAGCAAAAGAGGCAAACUGACCGAAGAGGAUGAUCAGUUCAUCUCAUUCGCUUUGACGAUUCUGCAGAAAAGCUUAGAAACGUUUCUGAAAGAUAAACGGAGAGCAAAUAUGCCGGAAAUGCUGUCCACCUUUUUCUCUUUCGCCAAUCUCUGGGAUCACAUUGUUUUCUUCGGUAACGAUAUGCGAAUAUCCUCGGCUCUUCUGUACAAUACAUUUGAUCGUUGGUCACAG